AUGAUGAUGAUGCUAGUAGUAGUGGUGGUGGUGGUCAUUCAUCACAACAAGAUGAUGAUGAUGAUAAUGAUUGUCCACCCGAAACUGAUGAUGAUGAUUUAGAUGAUUCAUCUGCAGCUGAUCAAUCUGAUAAUGAUGAUGAUUCUGAUGAUGAUGAUGAUGAAACAGAGAAAAGAAGAACUGUUGGUCGACCAAUAGGUAGUAAGAAUAAAAAACGAAAAAAAUUGCCUGCUAAAUCAGCUGGAAAAGCUGCGAAUAAUAAAAAGCAGCGUCAAAAAUCUGAAUCAAAAACUAAAGACGAAGACGAUGAUGAUGAUGAUGAUGAAAAUUCUGAUGAAUCUGAUGGCAGCGACGAUGAUGAUGCGGAUGAUAAUGAGGAUCAUUCGGAUUCGGAUGCCAAAGAUGAUUCUGACGAAUCUCAACAUGAUGAUGAUGAUGAUGAUGAUGAAAAAAUUACCGCAACAACAGCAACAAAAAAUCGUAAACCAAUUGCAAAACGUCGAAUACUUCGAUCAAAACCAUUAUCCGCUGCUGCCGCUAAACAACCAACAUCGAUUAAAUCGAAAAAAUCAUCCGCUUCUUCAACUGUUGUAAAUAAUAAUAAUAAAAAACAGACGAAAAAGAAACCAAUUCUUGCGCAGAAAAAACGUAAACAAACAGAAUUAUCAUCCGAUUCUGCUGUUUCAGAAGAUGAUAAUCAAAAUGAUGAUCAUAUGGAUCUUGUUGAAAAUUUUCUUACCGAAGAUGAAUGUCAUGAUGAUAUUGAUAAUGAUAAGCAUCCGGCUGAUGAUGAUCGUGCAAUCUUAACCGAAGAUGAUGAUGAUGAUAAUGAUAAGAAUAAAAAUCGAAAAGCAGCAACGACGACUACUUUGAAAUCUAAAUCAUCCACAAGUGUUAGUGGGAAAAAAGCGGUGAAGAAAAAAUCACCUUUGAUCAAACAAAAGACGAAAAGCAAGACGACGACGACCACAGCUUUAAAGUCGAAAAAAUCGACAACCACCACCAGUGCUUCGAAAUUGAAAAAUCCAAAAAAAUCCACCACCGCUGCUGCUGCCAAAGAAACAUUGAAAAUGAAAAAUAAAUCCAAUCGAAAACGUACGGAUAUUGAUGAUGAUAAUAAUGGUAAUACGGAUAAUGAAGAGGAAAUUGUUACUUUGAGUGAAUCGACAUCGAAAAAUCCCGUUGAUAAUGUCAAAGGAAAACGAUUGGUUAAAAAUAAGAAAUUAUCUACGACUAAUUCAAAGAAAAACAUUAAUGAUGAUCGACAAUCUUCGUCAAACAUCACCAACACCAUUAAAGAUGUUUAUACAUUUGAAUUAUCACCCGGCGAAACAUUAACAUCUUUAACAAAAGAUUCAUCAUCAUCAUCAUUGUUGAAUAAUGAUAAAACAUUGAUGACAAAAAUGUUAACAAAAUGUGAUUCAUUAUCCACUAAUAAUGUUGAUGCUAAUGAUGAUUCAUUAAGGCCGCCAUCGUUAUUACAUCCAAAUCAAUAUCAAUAUCAUAAUAAUCUUAAUAAUUCAUCUUAUGAAUUACAAUCCAAAUCCAAUACAUUUGGACCAAAUCAAAGUCUUUCAAGCCUAAGUCAAUUAAGUCAAUCGAUUGGUGGUAAUAAUAAUAAUAAUGGUAAAUCCUAUCAUCAGCAACAAGGAUCAUCACCGACAGCCAAUAUUAUUACAACGAAUACUGAAUUUAAUAUCAAAGAAGAACCUAAAGAUGAAAGAGAUUCUACACUUAGAACAACAACAAAAUCAAAUGAUAAACAUUUUCAUCAUUAUAAUAAUAAUAAUAAUCAACAUCAGAUCUAUCAACAUCAACAACAUCCAUUACAUAAUAUGGAUAGUAACAAUGUUAAUGCUAGUCAUAUAAAAAAUAAUGGACAUCAUAAUCGAUUAUUAUGGUCAAAUGCAAGUGCCGGUUCUUUAAUAUCAUCAUCAAGUUCAGCAUCAUCAUCACCUGUACAUCCGGUAUUCGGUAGUGGUGUUAGUGGUGGCCAUCAUUGUCCACCAACACCAGCUACAUCAGCAUCAUUGGCCAAUUAUUUUAAUCCAUCAACAACAUUACCACCGCCACCACCACCACCAUUAUCAUCAUCAUCCAGUUCGGCUUCAUCAUCAUCGCCAUCGAUUUAUUCAUCAACACAAAGUCAAGAAUUACUUCGACAUGAAUUGGAUUCAAGAUUUUUGGCAGCAUCGAUUGCUGCAGCCGCUGCUUAUGAUGGCCAAAAUCGUAAUCCAUCGUUACCUCCACCACCUCUUCCUCCUCCUCCUAAUAUUGCCGGUGGUCCAUUGACACCGAUUUCAACGCCACAACCUUUUCAUCAUCAUCCUCAUCAUUAUUUUCCACAUUCGCCUUCACCAUCGUUGAUGAUGAUGAUACCGCAAUCAUCAUCAGCAACAUCAACGAUGACAACGUCAACGACAACCACUACUAAUUCAUCACCGUCAUUAAUGUCAAAUGGCAAUUCGCCUUACCCAUUGAAUACAACGCCUAUUAGACCUUAUGAACAUUAUCAUCUUCAUAAUAAUUCAUCAAUGUCAUCAUCAUCAUCAUCAUCAUCAGCUGCUGCUGCUGCUGCAUUGACAAAUUAUCCACCGAUGCCAAUACCAUUGAUGGCUAAUUGUCAAAAGCCUGUUUCCACCAGCAUACAACAGCAACAACAACAACAGACUGUGAUCAAACCGGUAGCAUCAACUCCGAAUGUUGCUGCUGCCAUUGCACGAUCAACAAUGAAAUUCGAACAUCAGCCAUCAUCAUCAUCACAAUUAUCAUUACAUGAGCGUAAAGGAAAAAUUCGUGGUGCCAGUAUGCAUGUCAAAAUUGCCUGGAACAUUUAUCAGGAUAGAAAAUUCGGUACCAACAAAAGCAAACAUUACGAUGUUGAAAAUGUUGGUGGACGAUCGAAUAAUAUUAAAAAAGAAAAUUCAUCAUUCAAUCCGAUGUUGAUGACUUCCAAUCAUAAAAAUCAUCAUAGAUCAUCAUCAUCAUCCAAUUCAAAUUCAUCUUCGUCGUCAAAAUCUGCAAAACACUCCAGCAAUUCGAACAACAAUAUUGCAACUGUUACACAUUUGGAAUCGAUUCAUAAUUUGCCACCACCACCACCUUCUCAACCUCCACCAAUUGUACUGCCACCUCCCUCUUUACCUCCACCAUCACUACCACCACCAUCUGAUCCAGUAUUGUUAAGUAUUUCAAAUUAUUCAACAACAACUGUAAAAGCACUUGAUCCUUAUAAUGGUUUAACAACAUUAACCCGUUCACAAUCGGUUACAACAAUAACACAACAAUAUCCUAAUCGAUUUGGUCAUACAGCAACCGUAGGAGGAGGAUUACCAUCCUUAUCUGCACCACAAAAUUUACCGGCAUUAUAUCCACCGCCACCACCACCGCAGCUGCCAUCUCAUCAUGCUGGAUCGUUCGAUAUGUGGCCAUCAUCAUCAUCAUCAUCAUUACAACAACCGACUUCUAUUUAUGGCCAUAAUAAUAAUAAUCAACCAUUGAUUUCAUCAGCAGCAACAUCAGCAAAUGAUUAUUAUUCAGCAGCAAUGGCAGCAGCAGCAGCAGCUGCUGCUGCUAAUCCUGCAUCAUCAGCUUUAUCAGCAUGGGCUGCUUUAAAUCGACCGCAUCAUAAUGAUCUUUUAUCAUCAUCAUCAUCACCAACGUUAAGUAGGACAUCACCGUUAUCAAUAGAUUCAAAACCAAGUGGACAAAAACGUAAAAAUGACGCAUCCGAAAGUAAAAAUCGUAAACAGAAUAAUCAUCAUAAUGGCGAUAUUAAUCAUCAUCAUCAUCAUCGUAAUGAAACACCAAGUAGUAGUAAAAAAUCCAAACAAAUUAAACAUCAACCAUCACCGAUGGAAAAUGGUAAUCUAUUAAUGAAUGCUAAUAAUAAUGCUGGAUAUCAUCAUCUGAUGGAUCAUCAUCGAUCCACACCUAUUGCUGGUUCAUUAUCAUCGUUUUAUCCAUCAACAUCUACGGCCAAUGCAAUGUCCGCUGAACAACAACAACAACAACAUCGUUAUUUUGAUAUGUUGAAUGCUGCUGCAGCAGUAGCCGCUACUGGAAAUAAUAGUCCAUUUCCACCAACACCACCAUCAACUGCAUUUUUACCAGGUCGUUCAAGUGUUGAUCCACCACCAAUUGGUAUUUCUCUUCCAUCUUCAUAUUCACAAACAACAACAACUGCAACAACAUCGAAAACUUCCAAUCUUUGGCCACCACCAUCAUUAUCCACCUAUCCAGGUUCAUCUACUAAUCAAUCAUCAUCAUCAAUUAUGCAACAUCCAGAUCCAUUCAAAUCAUUACAAGACAUAUCAUUACGUGCUGGUCUAUCAACAGCUGAUCGUGAAAAUAUAUUUUCACGUUAUUCAUUACUUAAUUCAUCCGGUGGUGGUGCAAGUAUAUUGGACAAAUUAAAUAAAGAACAAAUUGAAAAAUUAGAAAUGUUACAAACAAAUGAAAAAAAUAAUUCUUCCAAAAGUGAUAAAUCAAGAAGAAAUCAUUCGUCUAAUUGUCAUCAUAAUCAACAACCACCGCAACAACAAUCAUUAUCAAAUCUAUCGACAACACCUGGUCCAUCAUCAUCAUCAUCAUCUUCUCCUUAUAUGCCAUAUUCACCUCAACCACAACCACCACCCUCGCAUCAUCAUCCACAUCAUAAUCCAUAUUUAAAUUCAUUGUAUAUGCCACCACCACCACCGACUGCAUCAUUGUUUGGUCCUUCAGCUGCGGCUGCCGCCGCUGCUGCUGCUGCUGCGGCACAUCAUCAACAUUAUGCGGCUGCCGCUGCUGCUGCCGCAGCAGCAAAUAUGUUUGGAUCAACAUCAAUGGCCACUAAUCCAUUUGUACCAUCAUCCUCAUCAUCAUCUGCAUCUGCAUCAUCAUCGAUGAUGAAUUUUAUGAAAGCAGCAGGUUUGACUGCAGAAUCUUCUGGUUAUGGUUCAACAACUGCUGGUCGUUAAUUAUUAUUCAAAAAUGUACUUUUUCAUUCAUUUUUUUCAAUUUUGUACUUAUCAAUCAAUCAAUCAAAUAUAGACGACCAUCAUUUUGUUUAAACCAUGUUGACCAAUUAUCAAUCAUUAAUCCCAAGUUCAAACUUCGAUUGAUAAUGAUGAUCUUAUUUUCUAUUUUUCCUUAUUCUUUUUGUUUUGUUGAUCUACAUACAAAAACACACAUCUAUCUUAAUUACAUUAUUCCUGAAUGAUCUGAUAGCUUGAUUUGUAUACA